UGAUGCAUGUGAAUGUGCAUGAGGUGGGCGUUCCGUGCUGCUUCUCCUCUACAGGCUGCAAUGACACUCGUUACGCAGUCCAAUAUGAGUCACUAAAAUAUGUCGGAUCCAUGUCUUCAUAGAGGAUCUUCAGAAUCGGAAAGGACGAGCGAACCAGGCGAUAUUUUCGUCGUGUGUUUGGAAACGGCAGUGGAUGGAAGAACCCCACUAAUAAUCAGCGCAGAUGGCGUUUAUGUCUAGAUUCUCCAGAUCGCGAAGCAAUUCAAGGUCUCCUAGCAGAAGGGAUUCAGAAAAAGGGUCUCCUGUAUUGAGCAUUUCUGAACUUGAGCGUCUCCUGUACACUGGAAAAACAGCUUGUAAUCAUGCUGACGAGGUUUGGCCGAGACUCUACAUUGGUGACCAAGAUAUUGCCUCAAACCGCCAGGAACUUAUAAAGCUCGGGAUCACGCACAUCCUCAACUGUGCGCAGAGCAAAUGGAGGGGUGGUGCGGAGUACUAUGAGGGAAUGAAUAUCACCUACCAUGGCAUUGAGGCCCACGACUCUCCAUCCUUCGACAUGAGUGUCAACUUCUACCCUGCUGCAGAAUUCAUUCAUAAAGCCCUCAGCAUGGGAGGAACGGUGCUUGUGCACUGUGCAGUAGGGGUGAGUCGCUCAGCUACUCUGGUGCUGGCCUACCUUAUGAUUCGACAGAACAUGACCCUAGUAGAAGCUAUUAAGACGGUCAAGGACCACCGAGGUGUCACCCCCAACCGAGGCUUCCUCCGGCAGCUGAGUGGCCUAGACAGCAUUCUUCGCGCCAGUCGAAAGACAACCUGAAACCACUGGUAAACACUGGACUCCCACUCCAAACCCAUUGCCUUGGCCAAUGUGUGUACAUGUAGUACCAUCAUUCACACUGUUGUUCUGUGAUCAGUAGAAAUGCCUUACUACAUUAAGACCUCUUGAGGUGUGCAUACUGCCUUAUUCAGCGUAAACCCUGAUGUUUUGUUCAAAUGACCAGAUCACUGAGCUUCUUUAACUAGUUCGGUUUCACUUUUCUUGAAGUGGGCUUGCAUAAGUAUUCACCCCAUUGAAGUUGUCCUCAGUAUUACAGCCUGGAACUGAAAUGAACUAAAUUGGGAUUAUUGUCACAAAUCUACACAAAAUAGCCCAUAUAAGUCACAAGGGAAUCAAUAUACUAAUUGAUAAAAGUUGUAAAGGUUGUGAUUGCAUUGGUUGGUUUACAUCUCAUUGCUGUGAAACCAGUUGCCAUCAAGAAUAAUCUAAUCAGUUGAAUGGAAUUGACUUGUGUACAGUUAAAGUGUCACAUGAUCUCAAUUCCUGGAAGACCCCAGAAUUUGCUAGAGAACAUACCUAAACAAACAUUAUGAAGACCAAGGAAUUAUCAAAAAAAGUCCAAGACAAAAUUCUGGAUAAGCAUCAAUCAGGGUUUGGUUAUAUGUAGAAUAUGACACAGCCACCACUCUAGAGGUCUCUAGAGGAGGCUAUUCACCAAAAGUCUGUGAGCAGGUAAGGAGAGAAUUAGUCAAAGAAGCAACCAACUGGCCUAUAAAAAGUUCAAGGAAGGUGAAUACUUAUACAAGCCACUGUAAGUCAAAUUCCAAAGCAAACAAGAAACAGUGAAUGAAUUAUUGGUGCAUAUCCAGCUAUUGUUAUUUGCUAUAAGUAGCAGUGCUGUAUUUUAGAAAAACAAGCUUCUGAUUUUUGGCUGGUUUUCAGAGUGAGGCUAGCAGCCUGAAAGGGUUAAAUUGCAACUGUAUUCAAAGAAAUACAAACAGAGAUAGAGAUAUGGAGAUAUGGAUCCACAACGUUGGAGAAAUUCUUGCAACAUAUCUGAUUCUAAGCUGCUUAUUCUAAGCUGCUUUUCUCAAAUGUAAUUUUUUGAUAAUAGGGUUAGUAUUUAUUAAAUCAUGACCUCAUGUAAUGACAAAAUAUUUACACAAGUUAUGCAGCCAUCUUGUGGUAGGCGGCUCUUCAUGUAGCAGUGAUUUGGCCCCUUUUGUAUGAGUUCAUGCAGUAUAACACAUCUGCAGGAACAUUUGACAUGUCACUGAAGCAUCCAUUUCUACAUUCAUUUCUGGUAAUUAGUUUUUUUAAUCAAAAGAAAGUAUAAAUUAUCAGUAAAUUGUACAAUACAUUUCAUUUUGUCCAGUUACAGUUACAUUUGUCCUGCCUUAACAGAUGGUACUAUUAGGUAUUUAAUGUAAUAUUAAGUAUUAGGCUACUAUUAUACAGUGUUUGUAUAUGAAAGUGUUAUUCUGUGAAUCACCUAAAGGAGAAACAUUUAAUGUUUGAUUUUUAGUGUAUUGUUAAUAAGUUUGUAUUAGAAUUUUUUAAAAUCGGGACCACAAAAACUUCAAUAAGUGGAACAAUACUGCACACCAAAUUGUGUCUUAUGAAUAGUUUCUCGGCACUCUUUAAGAUCUUAAGGAGAAACAGAUUUCAUAGAGUAGUGGUUAUACUCUGUGUGUAUGUGUAUACAUAUACAAACGUAGGUAUUUCUAAAUCCAUGAGUGAUAAAUACCUCAGUAGUGUCAGUAUUUGUAACAUGCUGCAUUGGUAACCAUUUGCCACCAAGCCAUAACUGUGUGGUGUGAAUAACCUGGGCGUGAUACCAAGUUGUUAGAAUUACAUAUGUGAUUAUAUAUUGUAUAUUGUAUUUUGAUUUGAGGUGUCUUGUGAAUGGUUCUGUAACAUUGUCUGUAACAUCUAUGGUAUUGUGACACAAUAUCUACGACUUCAAAAUCAAGCUUAAAAUAUUACAAUUAUUUAAGUGACAGGUUCUACUACAUUAUAAUUCUUAUCAUAAAAUCCAAACGUUACCUUCACGAAUAUCAUCCUACAGCAGCUAAGUACUGUUAGAAAUGAUUACGAAAAACCAGCAACAUCUGUUAAACAACACUGCCCACAUUGUUGAUGAAUACACCCUCUGUGUAAAACCAUUCAUCUGAUUCAUCAAAAUAAGUUGGCUGGGAUUUUUACUAUAACAGGAUUUUUAAUCAUCCGGGUUGAGGAAUCAUCACAAUAUCAGAUAUAAUCAGAGGUGAAAAAAAAAGAUUAUUAAUUGAUACAGACAGUUAAAGGAAGCUUUUACAUGUAAAAAGAAAAAAGAAAGAAAGAAAAGAUUUAUUCCAUGAAUAUUUCCUUAUUUAUUUGCAUUUCAUAGCUGCAGUUGGUUUAUGACUGUAUUGCAUUUGGUUUAAAAUUGGAAGUGCUAAAUAUUUUGUAAUCUGUCAGUCCACAUUCCUUUCUGAUUUACCAAAAUUUACAUUGUAUUUCAUGUUUUGUGGUCAUUUUUUUCUAUCCUACCAUUAUAUCGAUACUUGAAUUCUUUUCGUCAGAUUUUUUUUUUAAAUUCCUCAGUAUAUGAAAUAAAAUUGAGAAAUAAAAAC